UGUAGGCUUUCGUGAGACGGGAGAGUCGUGGAUUAGGGUCUCUCUGCUGAUCUCAUCCUGUCGAUUGCUUAGGCUGCCUGACUAGAUCCAAAGCUUUUUCUGGUGUGCGGUGCAGGUUAUGCGGGCUCUGAUGUGGAGUGGUACUUCUUCCAACGGUUCAGAUAUGAUUUAUGUUUAGUUCUGUCUUACCCUAUCUCCAAGUUCAAAACCUCUCGAUAUAAGUUCGGUUCUGCGUCUGAGGUCGCUGAUGAUGCUGCGGAUAAGAGCCUUUCCAAGAGAAGUCCAAUAGAGAAGGCUGAUAUUGGAGACAAUUUUGGUUCUAGCCAAAAUCACGAGAAACCAGAUCAAGUGGCUGGUGGAGCUAAAUCUAAAAAGGAGAAGAAGGGGCUUCAUCUUCAUCCAAGCGGUUCCUCUAAUUGUUCAUUGAGCUCACUGAAACGGAAGGAUAAAAAAGUAUAGCUCAACAACCAGCUAGUUCAAGUACAGAUCAUUUGCAGUCAUGGGUUCCAAAUAAGACGUCUGAUGUCUGCGCAGGGAACAAUCUGGACGGAGGAACAAAUAAGCCGUUUAAAGAUAACUGGCGAGUCCAAGUUAAAUGCCUUCAUUCAUGGAGAUCCAUCACACCUUAUUCAGAUACUUUUGAAUUGGUUUUAGCAGAUGAAUGGGGAAACAAAAUCCAAGCAACUUGCAAAAAGACACUCAUGUCCUGUGUUCAACGUAAUAUACCUAUAGGAAAAUGGGUGGUUAUUGAAAAAGUUCAUAUGACAACAGCUGGUGGCCAGUAUAAAACAACACACCAUCCAUACAAGAUGAAUAUCUCAGAUGAGACUGUUGUUAGAGGUUCUGAUUUAUCUGAUGAUCGUAUUUUUCUUAAUCUUUCCGAUUAUUCUCAAAUUGGAAAUGACCCUAAAGAGCUAUCCUUCCUCAUAGAUGUGAUGGGGAAAAUUCAUGACCUUGGUGAUGUUCUAACCGUCAGAGCACAAGGAGAAGACAGAAAGAGGGUUCAAUUUCGCUUAAUGAACACACGAGGAAACAGUCUUGUGUGUUGUCUAUGGGGUACUUAUGCUGAGCAAAUUGAAGCUUUUCGCGAUGAAUACCAAGAUCGAUCUAUUGUUGCUUUGAUUAGGUUUGCUAAAAUCAAUUUCUUUAGAGGAGAGGUUCAAAUUACUAAUGCAUUUGGUGCAUCACUUCUGUACCUCAAUCCAACUCUUCCAGAAGUUUUAGAGUUGUCAGAAAGGUUUUCAGAUGAGCAACUACAGCUUGCCCUGCCUGAUAAUGGAAAAAAGGAUGGUAAACGCAUAAAAUAUGAUUGGAAUGAUGCUGAGAUCAAACCGAUUUCUGAAGUUCUUUCCGCAAAUCAGGUGGAGAUUUGUAAAAUCAUAUGCAGUGUUGAAGCAAUCGACACUGACUGGACAUGGUUUUAUUUUGGCUGUAACCGCCAUCAGAAACGUGCCAAUAAACUACCCAAGAUUGAUUAUGAAAAUAUGAGAAGAGGUGAUAAACCAAUGUUUCAUUGUGAACUUUGUAAUGCCAAUAUCACUAACGUGUUACCAAAAUUCAAACUACAUCUGGUAGUUAAAGAUGACACAGACACUUGCAAUGUAAUGUUACUAGGAUCAGUUGCAAAGUCCAUCAUUGGACAUAAAGCUGAGGACUUGUGGGAUGGUUCUUAUGCAGAGAUUGAAGAUCCAGAGAUACUUCCUGCGCCUAUUCAAGAUUUGGUGGGGAAGUCAUUCUGUUUUGGGCUAUCUAUAACUUCUGAUAACGUCACAAAUGGAUCAGGAAACUAUAUCGUCUUAGAGGUUUGUUCUGGAGAUAAAGUGUUAAGUAUUGAAACUGUCUCCGAGGCUAUUUCUGAUAUAGGAACAACUUCUUCUACCAUGUCAUCUGCUCCUGCAAGUUUAUUAGAAACUGGGGUUUUUAUUUACUAUUACAAUAUUACUAAGUCUUUUCUUUUAUAGACUGAUAUAAAUUUUUAUUUCAUCAUUUUAGUGCAUGCUGUUGGAUACAAACUCAUCAGAAGAUCCUAAAACUCCCUUUUCGAAGCGCAAGGACGAGAAGGAUGAUCUACCCGACAUAACAUCAUCCUCGAAGAAAAUGUGCACUAAAUUGAUCAAGGAGGAAAAGCAUAAAUCAGAUUAAUUAGAUUAUAUUCUAUUCAGUUCCUUCCCUUUUAUGAUGAGUUAUUGUUUUAGUUUUUGAUGUUUUUGCUACUUUGAUUUGAUUUUGUUACUUUGUUUUUUUCUCCAUUGCUUUCUAUUGGUUUUUAUUUUCAUAAUAAUA